CCGUGUCCGCUGCCCUCGCCAGCCUGGGAACAUGUCUGCGGGGGGGGCGCCCCAGCCCGCGCACAUUCUCAACCUGCUGCCCUACCCGCGGCUCAACGAGGUGGCCAGGGCGCCGCACGACGCGGACGGCGCCGACGGCCCCGCCGAUCCCUGCACGGGCUACCGGUUCUUCAAGCCGGGCGGCCUGUUUGGCAUCAAGCAGUCGGAGGAGCCGUACGCCGAGGGGCAGCCCAUGCAGCAGGACAGCAAGAUCCUCGUGAGCCCCUGCGCAGUGGAGCCCGGGCGCGCCGGCAAGGUGGAGCAGCAGGAGGAGAAGCCGGGCUGCGCCGUGGGCGCCCUGGAGCUCUACCCGGCGGGCGCCAGCGGCUCCGGGCGCUGGUUCCACAGCGGGCAUGUGGGCGCCGUGAGGCCGAGCGGGGCGCCCAUGACGGACCUGGCGUCGCCCGCGGGCGAGAAGCCCUUCGCCUUCCCCGGCGGCGAGGAGAGCUUCGGGGAGGAGCGCGUGCUCGUCAUCCACAGCCAGGCGGAGGAGGAGGAGGCGGGCAAGGAGUUCAAGUGCAUCCUGUGCGGCGCGCGCUUCGGCCAGCAGCCCAGCCUCGCCCGCCACCAGAAGCACCACGCCGGCGAGCGCGCCUUCAUCUGCGCCGAGUGCGGCAAGGGCUUCAGCCUCAAGCACAACCUCAUCAUCCACCAGCGCAUCCACACGGGCGAGCGGCCCUACCAGUGCAGCGUGUGCCAGAAGAGCUUCAGCCUCAAGCAGAACCUGCUCACCCACCAGCGCAUCCACAGCGGCGAGAAGCCCUUCUGCUGCGCGCAGUGCGGCAAGCGCUUCCGCGAGCAGCGCUUCCUGCUCAACCACCAGCGCACGCACGAUAUCAAGGUGGUUGAAGUCCACCAUGAGAACCGGGGCCUGUGGUCAUGUGGCUCCUUGCAGCUUUCUGCAGAAGGCCUCUUCUACUUGGCCUGCAGCAAACACCCCCAACGGAAUCACCCCUUUUAA